AUGGCCGGGCCCCCAGCCCGGGCCUGCUUCACAUGGCCGGAUCCCCGGGACCCGGGCAGGCCGCGCUCGCCAUGGGCGCCGGCCCAGUCCGAUCCCGGGCGCCGGGACUCCCGCUCUCGCCGGGAGGACCGAGGACCUGCCGAAGGUCCUGGACCCGCCCCCGCCGCGCCGGCGAGCUGGGCCCGGGGGGACGCCGCGGCUCUCCGCUCUGCGCGGGGCCUGGGCCUGGGCCUGGGCUGCGCGGCCUGCCCGGGGCGGGGCUCGGCCCGGCCUGCGGUUAACUCCUUGGAGCCCGGGCUGCGGGCCGGCCACGCCCCCUCAGGGUCUUCUGACUCCGACGGACGCCCUAAACCUCCCGGCUCGCUAACACCUGUCUUCUCGGGCGGUCGUGGUACCCGGGGCUGGAGGGAGCCUCCGGCCGCAUCCCUGCCCUGCCCCGACCCCGCCUCACUCCAUCCCGAGUCCCCUGACCUCCACCUGCGGGGAAGCCCCGCCCUCCGCCGGAGCCCACCCCCUCGGCCAGACCCCGCCCCCUUAAAGGCCGCCGCCCCUCGCAGCCCGCUCUCCUUCAGGGGGACCUUCCCUUGGGGUGACACCGCCACAUCAGUGUGUGCCCGGAGCCCCUCAGCGCUGCACCCCCUGCUCUUUGUGUCCCUUUCACUGAGGGAGGCCUCCCAGAGCGACUCGGCCGGUCCUUGGGACCCCUCCUCUCAAGGUGACUCCUCCCCUCGCUCUCGCCCAGCCCGCGGCGGUGUGACCCCGGCAGCAGGUUGCGCCCCGCGUCGCGUAGACGCGAGUCAAGUCUGCCCCCUCAGGCCGGAGGAGGAGGUGCACAGGCCUCGGCAGCGGUUGGUACCCUCUGAGUGCGCACGCCCAGGCUCGGGACGUGGCUUUCGUUCUCCCCCGACGUUUCCGGCUCUGCCGCCGCCGACUCCUCCCCUCAAGGUCGUCGCGAAACAGCCAAUCAUCGCCAGGGUUGCGUGA